AACAACAUUUCUCCGUUUCGAACAACUUUUUUCGUUUUCGUUUUUUUUUCUGUCAUUUAAUAAUUUUUUUUUCGAAUCCAAUUUCAUUGGGUGUGCGAGUGUGUUUUGUUUGUUUAAUGCGUUUUGAUCUUUAUGUUUUGUUUGUCUUUCAUCAUCGUCGUUAUUGUUCGAAAUGGAAUCCGAUUCAAUAUUAUCGGAAACAAACGAACAAUUUGAUUUAUCUAAAGAUUUAAAUUUAAAUUCUUCAUUGGACACUGUUUCGAUAUGUGAACAUUUAUUCAAUCAUUGUCAAAAUGCUGAAUUUGUUAAUCUUACAAAUUUUAUCAAAGGUUGUCAUGAAAAUUCGAUUGAACUGAAUCAUUUUCUUGCAUUGAUUGAUUCAUAUUUAUUUGUACAAAAAUAUUCAACAAGUUUGUUUUUUAAUUUUGAAAUCUUUUUAAAAUUCUGUGAAACUUAUUAUCCGAAUAAAAUUGGCAUCGAAAAUGUUGGCCGUAUUUUUUUCACCAUUCCAUGGAAUCAUAAUUUUGAUUUUCAGUUUGCUUUCAUCAAAUAUUGCAUUGAAAACAAUAAAAUUAUGCCGAUAUUCGAAACUUGUUCGGAAAUCAACUUGAACAAAGAAGUUCCUGAAUGGACAAAAUGUCUACAUGAGCAAACAAUUGAUCUCGCUUCAAUUUGUUGGAAAUAUAAUGCUUUAUAUUGGAUUCUACUCGAAUUGUCCAAAAAGGAGAAAUUAUUGCCUGUGAUUGAAGAUUUAUUUGUGCAAAAACCGUUGGAACAAUGUCCCGAUUUAUUAAUAUUCGCCUUGAUAAAACAAAGCGGUGCCAACAAUACUGAACAUACAAAACUGAUCCGGUCAUUAAUGAUAAAAGCAAUCAAGAAAAUUAUUUAUCCUGGUUCAAAUACUUCAUAUCAUAAUAAUUCUAGUCUUAUCAUACAAAAACUUUGGUCUACAGGCAAUGUUGGUCCUUCGAUUAAUUCAACUACAUUGAUAGCCAAUCAAAAAAUUUUACUUGAAUCAUUGGUAGAGCUCUAUAAUCAAUCUACAGCACCAGAUGAGCAGACCAAUAAGCUUUUAAGAAUUUUAGAAAUUAGUCAAGAUUUGAAGGCAUUAAAUCAUUUGCUCAACGAUUCAUCGUAUUUAUUUGUCAUUGAUUUAGCAUCCGUAGCUUCUCGUCGUGAAUAUCUUAAGCUAGAUAAAUGGAUUAAUGAUAAAUUGACAACGAUUGGACAGCCAUUUGCCGAUGCUUGCAAAUUCUAUGUUCAACAAAGAUCUGCCAAACCAGAAUCAACAAAAAAAUUGGCAACACCUUCUCACCGUGAAACCUUGAGUACUAUCACAUCUUGUCUAGAGAAUUACUAUUCUAUGAUCAAAGAGGCAACCUAUUCUACAAAUAUGAAAGAUAUGUUCAAAAUAUAUGCUGAACUUGAUUCAGUUAACAAUAAUAUUAAAGGAGCAUCGAAUGAAGAUAAUCAAAAUUCCUUUCGAAUUUCUUCGUCAAAUUCUUACCAUUCACUUGAUGAUGAUCUUUUCGAUAAAAAAACUCAACAAUUGGCUAUUGGAAUUUUGAAAAAUGUUCUCACUCAAACCAAUCUUAAACCGGCACAAUUUGAAAAGAUUAUUAAUGUUUUUGAAAAUAUGAAACAAUCAAAUGAUUGUGAACACCAAAAUAUUUUCAAUUGUAUGGUUCAAAAAUUGUUGAAAGAGCUUGAUUUUCUAUCAAAAUAUCAAAAAAAUGAAUUGAUAAACAUUGGAGAACUUAUCGGUGGCAUAAUAAAUCGUUCUCUUGUAGAUACUAAUUUAUUGUCUUUCAUAUUACAAAAGCUUUACUAUAUCAUAAAUGCAUCAAAAAAGGAACAAAAAUUGGUCUACUUUGUCCUUCGUGUGAUAGAACGAUGUAAAACCCGACUUCAAGAAUAUCCAGCUCUUUUCGAAAAGCUUCUUUCAACUGAUUUGCUCAAGUUAGGAAAUGUUGCUCAAAUAUCUACUGAUAAUGACGAAAAUCAAAGCCAAAGAAUUACAAAUCAAUCUUCAUUAAAAAAAGAACAGCCAUCUUUAUUGCCAAAUAAUCAGGAAUUUCUUUUCAGAGAACGUCUAAAUUUCAUUUUUAAUAAUUUGGACAGAAAUAAUUUACAAUCGCUUGCUACACAAUUGAUACAAGAUUGUAGUGAAAAUAUUCGAAACUAUGAAAUUCUUUCAGAAAUCUUGACCUGCCGUGCGAUCAAUGAAGCAAAUCACCAUGAACUUUUUUACGAUUUUCUUGUUACAAUUGAUUCGAUUAAAAUUUUUGAUUCGGUAGCGGUAAAAUCAUAUGAAAAAAUACGAAUGUAUCUGCUUAAAAUUGAAUCCAGUGAUCUCAAGAAAAAAUUAUAUUCUGCUGGUAAAUGGAUUGGAAUGGUUACAUUACAACGAAACAAGCCAAUUCUUUCGCUUUAUCUUGAUUUACACAAUCUUUUGAUUGAAGCCGAUGUGAAAAAUUUGACAUUCCAUGUUGUACCGUUUGUCGUUCAGGUAUUGUAUUCUUGUGGUAAAUCAAAAGUUUUUCGACCACCUAAUCCAUGGCUUAUGACAUUACUUCAAUUAUUGACCGAAAUCUACAUUAAACCUGAUUCCAAAUUGAAGAUUAAGUUUGACAUUGAAAAACUGUAUAAAGUUUUGGAAUUGGAACUCGAUGAUUACAAAGAUAUCAGUCCGAAUAAUGAAAAAAAGAAAGCCGUUUCAAAGUAUUGUGAAUAUCUUAAACCUUUUGUAAUGAUUAGUCCCGAAUCAGAUAAUUCAAAAGAACCAAAAAUUUCUGCUUUUCCUACACCAAUAUCUUCACAAACCAUUGGUCAAUCAGUUUCGCAUAUGAAUGAGAUUGAUUUUUUCAAAGAUCUUGUGAACCAAAUACGAAUAUCUUCGCAACUAAGAUUAAUACAAUGUCAUCCCGAAUUAGUCGUAAUAUUCAAAAAAUUGAUCGUCAAAGCUAUUCAAGAAUGGUUGUCGACUUGGGCCGAAAAACCUAAUAUUUUUAUUACUGCAGUUGAAGUUCUUGUACGUAAAGAUUUUGCUUUUGAAUCUGAUCCGGAAAAGCUACGAAAUGCGGCCAUCAAUUUCACCCGUUACGCAUUGACUGGUUAUACAUUGAUGAAAUGUCAUGAAUCGUUAUCAAUAACCAUAUCCGAUAUGCUUUGUGAAUUUCUUUGCAAAGAUUUUAAACUUCAUCAAUUAAUGUGUGAUAGAAAAUUCAUUAAAGAUACCAUCUUUCGAAUUGUCCAUGAAAAUAUCAAUUGUUGCAUAAUUUUUAUUGAAAAAUGUUUAAUUAAAAAAUCCAUAGAAGAAAUCUGCAUUCGAAUUCAACCGGAUAUUGAGAAACGUUUAAAAGAAAAAGAUAAUGGCCAAAAAUAUAUAAACAAAAGUUAUUUUGAUAAUAAUUCGAUUAGAUCAACUUUUUAUAACACAUUUGAUUCAACACAAUUGAAAAUAAAACUAGUAUCACUAGCUAAUAAUUUACCGGUAAAUGAUUUAACUGAAGAAAAAGUGCAACCAUCUGUUGAUCUGCUAUCAUACAAUCAGGAUGACCAAGUAAAAGUGGCAGCCAUUCUGGAGAAAUGGUUCCAUUUUUUUCAUGUAGGUCAAAAAAAUCAUGAAGACAUUCAAAAUUUCAUUGCCCAAAUUUUGAAAAAUGAAGAAUCAUUAUACGCAUUUUUGAAAUUGAGCUUUGAUAUGUGUUACCAACGAUGUCAACAAGCAUUGGAAACAGUACGAUUCGAAAAGAAUCUUUCCAAGAUUCAUAUGAAAUGCUUCAGUGUUUUGGAUGCAUUCACAUAUCUUGUUUUGUUCUUGAUCAAAUAUAGAGAUAUUGAAUUCAAAAUUAAUGUCCUUGAUCGUUUUAUGACCGAUUUAACCACAAAAAUUCAUUUGGAACAUAAGAAUAACAUGCAAAAGUUCUAUCCGCUUUGCUAUUAUCGGGUAAUGGUUUUGUUUUUCCUAGAAUUCACCGACGAAUUGGAUGCCUACAACAAUUCUAGUCCUAUCAAUUUAACAAAAAUUCCUAAUGUUCAGUGUGUGAAUACAAAACUAUCUUUGAUGCAAAUUUUCUUCGAUUUUCUCAAGUCAAUGUCACCAUUAACUUUUCCUUCAUUCACUUUUGCCUGGUUGGAAUUCGUUUCUCAUCGAUCAUUCAUCGGUCAAUGUUUAAACGGUCCAUAUGCACGAGGAUUGUGGAAGAAUUAUUAUUUUUUGAUCAAGGAUUUAUUGGAAUUUGAGAAAUCAUUUUAUCUAACCGAUCAAAUUCAAUCCGAAUCUUUUAAAUAUUUGCACAAGGGGACGGUAAAAUUGUUUCUACUCUUGCUACAUGAUUUUUCCGAUUUUUUAAGUCAAUUCAGCUUUUUGAUUUGUGAUUAUCUUCCACAUAAUUCAUUCCAAUUACAUAACAUUGUUUUAAGUGCUUCUCCUCAAGCCUAUAAUUUUCCAAGUCCUCUUUCAUUAUCGUUAAGUUUGGAAAAUUUUAACAAAAUUGUUUACCCUUACGAUGGUAAUUUCAUUGCCGAAUCACCAUUCAAAAUUCACAUCGAUGUAUUUCUUAAAACUGGUCAUUUAUAUCAUUUAAAAAAAUUGCAACCAUAUUUUGAUUCAGCCAAAAGUAAACAAACCGAAAUCGAAUACAUUAACAAGAUUCUCUAUUCGAUCACUGAACAUGUUAUUAAGGACAAUCGAGACGUUAACAUGGCUAACAUUGAUAAAGAGCUAUCCUUGAACAUGAUCAAAUGUCUAUUAGAAUUUUUUGGCUCUGAACGUCUCUAUUAUCUUUUCUCUGCCAUGAUCAACCAUCUCCGAUUUCCGAAUAUGGAUACAAAAUAUUUCAUCUGUCUUCUGUUAUAUUUUUUCAAAGAAUAUGACAACUUGAAAGAAUUCAUUUUUCGCGUUCUACUCGAACGACUAGUCGCAAUUGGACCGGGACCUUGGGGAUUAUACUAUUUUGCCAGAGAAUUGACCAACAAUCCUGAUUAUAAUUUUAAAGAAUUUUUAAGCCAUUAUAAUCAUCAGGAAUUGUCGGAAAUUUGUGGUAAAAUGGGCCUUUUUCUCAAACAAAAAUAGCGGCAAUAAUAUAUCAUUUAUGUGAUGAUCAUUAUAAUUUAUAAAUUUCAGAAAAUUGUUUUCAUUUAAAAAUUUACUUUAAUAAAUCAUUCCAAUGAA